CAUUCGAAAACUCUUUUCCCUUCUUCGGACAAAUCCAUCCUCUUCGUCCUUACUGUCUCUUUCUUCACAGACUUCAAUACAACCUUUGAUCCUUCCUUUUAAUUAAAUAAAUAAAAACAAUAAUAAUUGUACUUUUUCUUUUCUCUUUGUUCUGGUCUCUUCUUCACCUAUAGAGAGACUUCACAUUGUCUCUAUGUCUACCGCUGCUUCUUCUUCGGUGUGUGUUUGUUCCAGUUUCGAAGCAAACGAACCAACCCACUCAUUGCAGGUUGCUUGACUGGAAGCAAAACUGGCAGUUGGGGAAGCUCCUCUUUUGAGAGAAAAGUAACCCAAAAAAGCAUUGUUAUUUGAGAAACGGUUAAGGAUAAUAAUGGAUUACUUGUCUCAAGAGGAAGACAUGCACUUCUUUGAUGCCAAGGAAGAAGAGAUGAUGAUGCCAUUCGACUUCCAUUUAUGGAAUAGUUCACCUGCAAGUGUUGUGGAGCGGCGGAGGAAGUUCUUGCAGUGGAUGGGAGUCCAAGAAGAAGAUCUUGCUCAACCCAAUUUUGAGUCUGGUGGAGCUUCAGAGAGUUGUGUUGAAGCUGAGCAGAGAUCUGGAGGAUUCAGCUGUUGUUCUUCUAGCCAGGUAUCUUCCUCUGGUUCUGGUUCAAGCCUAGUGGAAGUUUCUGAGGAAUUGUCUCUGAGAAUGGAUGGAUGCGAUGUAACGAGAAGGCAAAGCUCUUCCAUGGCAUCAUCUUCUGGUUCCACAUUUUGCCAGGUGAAGGAAACAGAGAAUAUCAAGAAGGGAUGGUUCACGAGGCUGCGGUCUUUCGGAUUUUCCGCGGAUACAAAGCUCAGAGCUUCUUCUUCUUCUUCUUCCUCUAGCUAUGGCCAUGUGCUUUCAAGAGUUAAGGUCAAGCACUGCAAGAAACAGACCAAAGAACUCUCAGCUCUUUAUCAAAGCCAAGACAUUAAAGCUCACAACGGUUCCAUCUCAGCCAUGAAAUUUAGCCGCGACGGGAAGUAUCUUGCAAGCUCCGGUGAAGAUGGCAUUGUGCGCGUUUGGAAAGUCACUGAAGAUCAAAUAUCUAGACCACCGAGGGAUUGCCUUGACCCUUCUUGUAUGUACUUUGAAGUAAACGAUCUUUCCCAGUUGAAACCGGUUUUGUUGGAUGAAGAGAAAAAACCAAACAAGACGACAGAAAGCUUCAAGAAAACAUCUGAUUCAGCCUGCGUCGUCUUCCCUCCUAAAGCUUUCCGGAUAAUGGAGAAACCUUUACAUGAGUUCCGCAGCCACACUGGUGAAGUCUUGGACAUCUCAUGGUCAAAUGAUAAUUGUCUUCUCUCGGCGUCAAUGGAUAAAACUGUUCGUCUAUGGCAAGUUGGUAGCAACGAUUGUCUUGGAGUUUUCCCUCACAAUAGUUAUGUAACCUCUGUGCAGUUCAAUCCAGUUAAUGAGAACUACUUCAUGAGUGGUUCAGUUGAUGGGAAAAUUCGAAUCUGGAACAUUUCUUGCUGCAAUGUUGUUGAUUGGGCUGAUCUCAAUGACAUUAUAUCCGCAGUGUGUUAUCGUCCGGAUGGAAAGGGAGGAAUCAUCGGUUCUCUGACAGGAACUUGCAGAUUCUUUAACAUGUCUGGAGACUAUUUAGAACUUGACUCUCAGAUACAUUUGCAUAUCAAAAAGAAGUCUUCUAAUAAACGUAUAAUAACAGGCUUUCAGUUCUUACCACAAGAUCCGAGCAAAGUCCUGGUUGUUUCAGCAGAUUCCAAAGUCAGAAUUCUCCAAGGCAACGAUGUUGUCAGAAAAUACAAAGGUGUUUGCAAGACGAGAGGCCUCACAUCAGUGUCUCUCACGUCUGAUGGGAAGCACAUUGUGUCAGCUUGUGAGGACUCCAAUGUAUAUAUAUGGAGCAACGGAGAUGAAUCUGAUUCUUCUUCUUCCCAUCAUACCAAAAAGAUUCGAUGUUUUGAACGUUUCUCAGCCAAUGCAUCCGUUGCAGCAACCUGGUGUGGAUUCUCAAACCACAACACAACUCUCCCGUUUACUUCACCCUCUUGCUUAUCUGUCAACGAAGGAUUUGUCCCCAAAGGAAGCGCGACGUGGCCAGAGGAAAACUUACCUGCAACUGCAAAUCCUCUUUCCUCGUCCACAAUGUCUGCAUCUCACUACAAGUUUCUCAAGUCCUCAUACCAGAGAGCAACGAGUAGCUCUCUAACAACUUGGGGUAUGGUCAUUGUCACAGGGGGUUGGGACGGACGGAUCAGAACAUUUCAGAACUACGGCUUGCCUGUGACCACAACUUGAGAAAACAAAAGCAGAUGCCAUUGUUCCUUGAACACAUGGUUUCUGGCAGGUCUUUGGAGGCGCUAUGGUAGGUCCAAAAGAAACCUAGAUCCACUUUCUCAGACUUAUGCUAUUGCUCAAUAGUCAAGAAAGAGAUUCAAAAGCAAGUCCCUCCAGAUUAUGAUCCUGUAGAAGAUCUUUCAAGAAAGGGUCAGUGGGAGAUUUUUCCACCGGUUGAUGUAGACGCAGGAGAUGAUAAGGAACAUAUGUUUCUUUUUCUUUGGCAGUAAGUAGCGAUUGGAGAUGAUUUCAAGGAGUACGGUUCUGUCUGACGAUUGUGGGGUCCAAAGAAGAGGCAAGCAAUCAUGGUAAAGGAGUGGUUGAAGGUGAAAGAUGCUGAUGUUACUUCCAUAGAAAAGAUCCUCCUCCAUGGAAGAGAUAUCUCCUUUGAUAUCCUUUUGAUAUGCAAUAUCUAACGGUAGUCAUAGUUUUGUUUGUUUCUUAUUUGUUGAUUCAGUGUAUAUUCUAACGAGUAGUUGAGUUUAUUUUAGCUUAUUACAGAUUUGUUUAGAGAAUUGAUUGUUAGCUCCCUCCACCGCAGAGAGAGGCUCAGGAGUUUUAUAUUUGUAAAUUUUGUAACUUGUAUACAGCAAACUUUUAAAAGAAAAAUUAAUAUGAUUUCAACUUUUACCGA